GGAGGCUGGGCGCGGGCAGGAGGCGGCGAGCGGCUCGCCAGGCAACAGCAGCAGCAGCGGCGGCGGCGGCGGUGGCGGCGCCCGGAGUGGGAGGGAGCCCGUCGGCCAGCCGUAGCCAUGAGAGCUACGCCGCAGCAGCAGCCUCUCUGAGUUGACCCGGCUCGCCUUGGUUGGUCCCUAACUUUCGGAGCGAGGAGGCGGGAGGAGGCAGCCUGGCACCGGCGGACUCGACCCCGCUUCUCGCUUGGCCUCUUUCGAGCGGCAGAGACCCGCGUUCUCCCCAAGCCUGGCUGGAAGCGCAGGCGGCGGCCGGGAGCCCGGGGGGAAGUCUGGGGGGCUUCGCGUCCCGAAGCUGGACCUUUGGAGGGGCUGCUCGGGAGAGAAGAAGAGGAGCCGCGGAGGGGCAGAGCCGGCCCCUUCCCGCACACAGCGAUGCCUUCUCCACGGAGCCGGGGAGGCGCUGCCCGCGGCGGGGUCGUCCUGCUGCUGCUGCUGGUGGGCAUCAUCGGCAACCUGAGGCUUUGCCGCGCAGGGGUUGAAUAUGGCGAUGUGCUACCAGAUUCCUUUCCAUCGGCUCCGGCAGAGUCCCUUCCCCAUUUCUUGUUGGAGCCACAGGAUGCCUACAUAGUGAAGAACAAGCCCGUGGAGCUGAUCUGCAGAGCCAACCCUGCCACUCAGAUUUACUUCAAAUGCAAUGGCGAAUGGGUGAACCAGAACGACCAUCUCACAACAGAGAGCUUGGACGAGGUCACAGGACUCCUUGUAAAAGAAGUCCAGAUCGAAGUCUCUCGGCAGCAGGUGGAGGAACUCUUCGGCUUGGAAGACUACUGGUGUCAGUGUGUGGCGUGGAGCUCUGCUGGGACCACCAAAAGCCGGAGGGCUUACGUCCGGAUAGCAUACCUAAGGAAGAACUUUGACCAGGAACCUCUCGGGAAAGAGGUUCCUCUGGAUCACGAAGUGCUUUUGCAAUGCCGCCCUCCUGAGGGAGUACCAACCGCUGAGGUGGAGUGGCUGAGAAAUGAGGAUGUCAUUGACCCUUCCCAGGACACCAACUUCCUGAUAACCAUCGACCACAAUCUCAUCAUUAAGCAGGCCAGGCUUUCAGAUACUGCCAACUAUACCUGUGUGGCCAAGAAUAUUGUGGCCAAACGACGGAGCACCACGGCCACUGUUGUAGUCUAUGUCAAUGGUGGCUGGUCUACCUGGUCAGAAUGGUCCCUGUGUAGCAAUCGCUGUGGCCGUGGCUGGCAGAAGCGCACUAGGACUUGCACCAAUCCAGCGCCUCUUAAUGGCGGCUCCGUCUGCGAUGGACAGUCCUUCCAGAAGAUUACCUGUACCACUAUGUGCCCAGUAGAUGGAGCUUGGACCGAAUGGAGCAAGUGGUCAGCCUGCAGCACGGAGUGCACACACUGGAGGAGUCGGAAAUGCACAUCCCCUUCCCCCAAAAACGGAGGCAAAGACUGCAGCGGCAUGCUGCUCGAUUCCAAAAACUGCACCGACGGGCUUUGCAUGCAAAAUAAAAGAUUUGUAAGCGAACCCAACAGUCACCUACUGGAGGCCACCAGUGACGUGGCCUUGUAUGCUGGCCUGGUGGUUGCCAUCUUUGUUUUCAUCGUUAUCUUGAUGGCUGUGGGGGUGGUUGUGUACAGACGCAGCUGCCGGGACUUUGAUACGGACAUCACAGACUCUUCAGCGGCUCUGACAGGAGGCUUCCACCCAGUCAACUUCAAGACCUCCAGACAUGAUACUCCCCAGUUGCUUCACCCUUCCAUGCAACCUGACUUGACAGCCAACGCGGGUGUAUACCGCGGUCCCAUGUACGCCUUGCAAGACUCGUCUGACAAGAUCCCCAUGACCAACUCUCCAUUGCUUGAUCCUCUCCCUAGUCUCAAGAUCAAAGUGUAUAACUCUUCCACAGCAUCACCUUCACCCGGGAUACACGAGGGGUCAGACCUGCUAGGAGCCAUGCCCCCAGGCACCUUCCCAGGGGAGAACCUCAGGGAUAACCAUUUCAUGAACCUAAGGAACAAGGCCAUGGGCUCUCAGCAACUCCUGACCUUGCCCCGAGAGCUUGGGAACAGCGCCACUGGGACAUUUGGCUGCCUGGGAGGAAGACUCACCAUCCCUGGCACAGGUGUGAGUCUGUUAGUGCCUCAUGGAGCAAUUCCUCAGGGGAAGUUCUAUGAAAUGUACCUGAUGAUCAACCGAACAGAAAACACUCUGUUGCCAUCCGAAGGCACACAGACAAUACUGAGUCCCAUCGUGACCUGUGGACCCACUGGGCUGCUCUUGUGCCAUCCUGUCAUCCUAACUGUCCCACACUGUGCAGAUGUUAGCUCCCCAGAUUGGAUGCUGCAAUUGAAAACUCAGUCCCACCAAGGGAACUGGGAGGAAGUUGUAACUUUGGAUGAAGAGACUGUAAACACACCUUGCUAUUGCCAGCUGGAACCCAAAUGCUGCCACGUUCUGCUAGAACAACUUGGAACGUAUGUCAUUGUGGGGGAAUCCUACUCAAGGUCAGCCAUCAAGAGGCUCCAACUUGCCCUCUUUGCACCUACCCUCUGUACUUCUCUGGAAUACAAUCUCAAGGUCUACUGCCUGGAGGACACGCCAGAUGCCCUGAAGGAAGUGCUUGACUUAGAAAGGACUCUUGAUGGUUAUCUUUUGGAAGAGCCCAAACCCCUACUGUUUAAAGACAGUUAUCACAACCUGCGUCUCUCCAUCCAUGAUAUUCCCCAUUCACUUUGGAGGAGCAAACUCCUCGCCAAGUAUCAGGAAAUCCCUUUCUACCACAUCUGGAGUGGCAGCCAACGGGCUCUACACUGUACCUUCACCCUCGAGAGAUACAGCCCAGCUUCCACAGAACUGACCUGCAAGAUCUGUGUUCGGCAAGUGGAAGGGGAAGGGCAGAUAUUUCAGCUAAACAUUACACUUGGAGAGAACUCCAGUGCCUUUGAUGUCUUGAGGUGCCACCCCGGCAGUGCCCUGAUGACUCAGCUGGGACCAUACGCCUUCAAGAUCCCUCUGUCCAUACGGCAGAAAAUCUGUAACAGCCUUGAUGCCCCCAAUUCCAGAGGAAACGACUGGCGACUUCUUGCCCAGAAACUUUCCAUGGAUCGGUAUCUGAAUUUCUUUGCCACCAAAGCCAGCCCCACAGGAGUGAUCCUUGACUUAUGGGAAGCCCAGCACCAAGACGACGGGGAUCUCAACACUCUGGCCUGUGCCUUGGAAGAGAUGGGCAAGAGUGAAAUGCUGCUUGUCAUGGCGACAGAGGGGGAUUGCUGAUGCAGCUCCAGAAGACUUCCGGCCAUGGCCGAAUGGAGGGCGGAGCAAGAGAGGGAGGGCAACGAUCCAUUUUGAACAGAGGGGAGAAGAUGGUGGCAUUUAUCGUUGAGAGGAUCAAAAUGGGUUUUCUCCUUCUCCUUCUAUCACUCCUCUUUCCUCAAAUCACAAUCAGCCUUAGCGAUCCACAUUGAACAGUUUACAAUCUAAGUGUUAAAAACCUCUUUCCUCCUUCUCCUCACAGCUUUUGGAGUGAGGCACAAAAGCAAUGUAUCAUUGCUCACUAUGACCACGGCCUGUGGUGGAAGUAGCGACCUCCCACCAGCUUCUGCCACGUGGUGUGGCCUAUGAGGGCUGCUGGAAUCUGAGCUGGGAUCUUGUUUUGGUCUUUGGGAGGUAGGGUGGGGAUUCUUCUGCCCUUCUAUCUUCCCACUCCUGCCUUGUUCUCCUGUUUCUUCUUUACUGGCAUUUAUGCUUUGAAGAGUCGAGUACAAUCUAGAAAAGACUUGCUUACUCCUGUCAAAAAGCUUCAAACCGCUUAAGACAGAAAAAAAGGAAAAGGAAAAAAAAGGAAACCAGUUUCUUAGGAAACGCAAGUAAUUUAUUAUCCAGAUCUUUGGAUGAGUCCUUUUUUAAAAAAUAAUAAUAAUAAAAGUUAGGGAUCUGUAAUGUCUGUGAGAGAAAGAGUAUUGGGGCACUCAGAAAGAGAGAGAGAUUUGAAUGGAUGCAUGUAUUUGUCUGUGUGUGUAUGUGUGUGAGAGAGAGAAAGAGAGAGAGAGAAUCCGUUUAGUGGAUAUAAAGCAAAACCAAGCUGUGGCAUUUGUUGUGGUAGGAAUGGUGGUGGGACCAGAGCUUCAUGCAGGUUGAAAAGGGCAAAUGUUGCCCCUCAUUCACGUUCUGUUCGCAAAUAUUAUUUUCUGACAGUAGUAGAGCGGUGGAGGGGAGGGAGAGAUACGGCUUCAAGUCCAUUCACAGAGAAAACAACCUGUUUCUAGAAUUGAACUCCUCUUGGAGUUUUCUUGAAAAAGCAAUAUAAAUCCGUUGCACUGUUUCCAGCCACUCUGUGGUGCCCAGGUACAUCUGACCAAAUAUCUAUUGAUGUUUUCUCCUGAAUUUGUUUCUGUUCCAUUCAGAGCUGCCGUUCCUUUGUACAGCCUGAUUGAAAUCCAUUCCAUCAUUGGAGGGGGUGGUCCAGAAGUUCAGCAAAGAAAAUAUCAAGCUAAUCCAGAGAUAAAGCUCUCUGGCCCUAAUUGUGAGAGCAUCAGUGGGCACAUCUAAACAUGACCAGAACUUUUUUUUAUUGUGAUUGUUUGAGGGCAGAGUCAAUGUCGGUCUCCUAUGCUGUAACGCAGACUGCUUUUGAAAUUUCUCUGGAUUUCAAAACUGCAUUCUGCGUAGCCCGAGAAGGUACAGUUGAGAAAUUCUCACUUGGCAUUAAGCAUGCAGGCCUCUGGAUUGUAGCCUUAACCUUGAGCCCAUUUGAGUUCAUCAGUAUCAGAGGACGGCAGUAGAAGCCUUAACAUGUGAGCUGUUUCUGUAUCCUGUUCCAGGGUGACUUGGAGCAAGUGGGGCUAUUCAGGAGGCCUUUUCUGUUAAUCUCUUGUGCAAUGGAAUAGGAUAUAAGGGUACGCUCCAUUAAAAUGCUGAUGUUGCAAUUGCCACCAUAAAACGUUGAGAGGGACCCCUACUUAGAAUCCACCUCUGACAGAUUUUCCCCUUCUGACAGAAAAAGGAAAUUCUAGCAUCCAGAGCAUUUACCAGUUUUUGCCAUGUCUUUGCUACAUACCCAUCUUCUAGAUGAACUUUUGAAAAGACAUGCCUCUCCGCUUCUGAUAUUUAGUGUUCACUAAAGCUAGAUGCUCUAUAAACCAGUCUUUCCCCCCAUAUUGCCUGCAGCUCAUUUUAGUGUUGUCUUAUCUAUAUUUCUUUAUCUGAGACCGAGUGGUCACCCUAUAAAUACAUAUACUGUCACCCUAUAAAUAUAUAUACUGUGGGAAGGAUGACGCUGGCAUAUUUUUGUUCUCCAACAUGUGGAAUGAGCAACUGUUGUGUGCAGGUUCAUCCUUAUGAACCUGGAAUUAAUUGGUGAGCUGUCAAUGUUUUAAGCACUGAUGGUCAAAUGGCUUUAAUAGAUUACAGUUAGUAAUAUUUAAUUCUACCUGUGUGUCUUUGUACAGAGUUCAGGUUCUCAAAGCCCGGAACUCUGGAAUCCACAGCCAGAUUUUCACAAGUAUUAAAUAUCUAACUCUACAUAAUGGUAGUCACAGUAAUGAGAAAAUUAACAAGGCUGUGGUGGGUUGGAUCUCAUGACACAUUUGCAGAUUUUAUAGAAACUUACUGAGGGGAUAGCUGGUCUAAUUGUUUUUUCUCAUGACGUGUCUCAGAAUAUACCACAAACAGAUCGUAUAUUCUAUCUACAUCUUAUCCAGAAAACUGUCUCUAAUUGCACCUUACUUCUAGAUUUCUUUGCAGGAAAGUCCAUAUUCCUUUAAAGACAUGCUCCAGGCCAUGCUAGGUGAAGUGUUAGAGACCCAUGAUUAUUUUUUCCCAUCACUUUAAAUUUCUUCUAGUAGCUGCUGUAGAGUGGCCCAGAAAUACAGCUCUGAAUGGAUAUCUUUUCUGCUCUCCAUUUUGUUCCCAGUGGAACCCCACUCACUCACAUCAGCCACUUUUGCAGUGUUUUCACUGGAGGGGCAAAUAACACAGUUUCAGGGAGCAGCUGAGGGGCUUGCAUCAAGCAAAUGGUGUGGAUGAAAGGAUUUAAAAAUCCUCAUCCAGGACUGCACCAAAAUCCCAAUUCAACUCCUUCCACCCAUGUAAAGCUGCCUUCUGCUUUUUGGGAACUUCCAUAAAAAGGAAAAGAUGCAACAUCAUGUACCUUCUGCGGAUGUUGCAUAGGAUUCAUCUCAUAAAAUCUGGAAGGUCUAAAUCUCACUGAAAUAUGUGGGAUGUAAGACCAGAGCUGUGAUGAUGCAUGCCAAAUUUCCUCUGAAUGGACUCCUUAGAUUCCCUUCUGGAACAUACCCCAGCAUUUUGGAGGAGAAAACACCCUGCAUGAUAAAUUUAUUUCAAAGGUAUUAGAUCAGCAGUAGAUCAAUUGAGAAAGUUACGUAACAGAGAACCAUGGGGGUCUGCGUUAGAUGCAUUUUUAUUUGACAGCUUGAUUAACAAUUUACAGUAGCAAUUAAAUUAAAUUCACAGGUGAUGCUAAAUGGAAAGAUUUACAAAUUCUGCUGCAGAGAGAGCAAGGAAGCUCUGAUGCUCAUUUGAGCAAUGAACACAAUCUGAAUAUUUCAAAACUGGCUUUCAAUUUCACUUUUAAAAGUAUUAGCAUGUCUCAAUGAUUUCAAGUGAUAAGCAGUGAAUAUUGAGGAUGGAACAAUACAUGUCCCCAAAACACAGAAUUGUUUGACAGAAAUAAAGAUUGGGAAAGUUGUUGUGGAAGCAGUUUGUAGAAAUGCAAGGGCAGCAAUCAAUUAAUUGCAGAGUUCUGACCUGAAUUUAGGGAAAUGAAAAAAUACUACAGACGUGUCUUGGCUGUCGCUCAAAUUAGACAUGAUGGAGAUUAUGGAUCUCUUGACAGUCUUUUAAAGACAAACAUGAAUUGGAACGAAGGAAGGAUAGAAGGAGUUAACCCUUACACUCCCACAAGCUUUCUUGGGGUCCCCACACUGUUAUAGCAUUUUACAUAACUGAUAACAGUUUUUGGAGGUGGCUGCUUUAAUUAAUGAAAGCAUGCAAAAGUGGAAAGGUUAGCCCUGAUAUGACUUGGGACAUGUGCUCAGCUAUAAUUGCCCUUUACCACGUGACAGUUAGUUUUCUCAUCUGUUUCAACCCUAAGUUCUUCAUACAUUUUUUUCCAUUUCUUGAUUGCCAAGAGAGAAAUAGACUAGACAUUAUUAACUAAAAAGCCAGGGACCAAGUGUGUUCAGGUGUAGUGUAGUAUUAUAACAUUGUAAAAAGGUUUGUGAAUUCUCCACCAAAAUUUUGUAUGUGUGUUAUUUGGAGUAUAUUAGCUUGUUGCAGGAUCCUGUCUAUUAAGACAACCAUUAAAGCAUUGCAGUGCCUUCUGAUUUUGCUUUUCAAUAUUAGAGAAGUAAAUUAUAUAAUGGACAUAAUUUUGAAAAGAAACAGCCAUGUCAAUGACUUUUUCAUAUGUAAUAGUUUAUUGAAGGGGGGGGGGAUGUUUCAGGAGCCCCUGACUGAAAUAACAUUUUAUAUAAACAGCAGUUAGAGCUGAUAGAGCAAUUCCUUAUUAAGAGUGCCCUGGCAUCAGUUCAGGUGGAAAGAGAAAUGCAGCUCAAGUUAUUUCCUCUUAAGAAGAUCUACUGCAAAGUACCAGAAAUGGAUGUAUAUUUUACGGCACCAACAAUUCCUUGGAGCAGUUAACUGACACCCCAACCAGCCAGCAAUCUCUGAGGAUUUUGUCUUGGAAUAUUGCUGGCUGGAAUAGCAGGAUAAUGAAUCAGGAUUUUUUAUGUUACAUCAUGAGACGUGAUGUUAUACUUUCACAAGAGACUUGGUCUACUUUAAUCCAUCUCCAUGGCUAUACCAUACAUUAUAUUCCAGCAUACAAGGAGAAUCUCAGAGGGCGCUAUCGAGCUGGACUUGCAAUAUUAAUCAAAGCAUCUCUUGGCAGUGGUAUUUUGACGCUCCCUGUUUAUGAACAUUUGGCUCACUCUGUAAAGUUAACAUGGGAAGGCCGUAGUCUCCUCCUAGCUCCAUCAAGUCUCCUCCUCGGUAAAGUUAACAUGGGAAGGCUGUAGGCUCCUCCCAGCUCCAUCAAGGAGACACGGGAAUUACAGUGCAAAAUCACUGAAUAUCUAGAGAGUUUACAACUUUGUAAUAUAUGCGAUGAAUGGUUAGUAGCAGGAGACCUUAAUGCCAGGAUGGGUAAGGAUGAACACUGCCUCCGGAAGUUAGCAGGGCUGGACAUAGAGAACUGUCCAUGGUAUUCUUCCUUACCUAGAAAAUCAAAAUAUCUUUUGAUUAACCCAGCGGAGGUUGACUUUGUGAAAUCUUGCUCUCGGUUUGUGAAAUCUUGCUCUCAGUUUAAUAUAUACUGCGCUCCCAGACCUAUUUGCCUCCGAAUGGUAUCAAUUACUCAAAUCAAAAAUUCACUCUCUAGGUUUACUAUUUGAAGAUCUUUGUAUGUUGUCACCCAGACCUUAAAAAGCAAACUUUUAGAACAGGAAUACCAUAUCUUAUUGGGGCAAGCAAAUAAAUCAUAUGGCCCAUAUGUCGCACUAGUACCCUGUCGCACUAGUACCUGAACAGGGGCAUAUAGCUAAAUAUCUCGAAUUAUUAACUGAACCCCAACAGAGAUGGAUUAUUACAAGGACCAGAUGCAAUACUUUCCCAUCUGCCAUUAUGAAGGGUUGCUAUCCCUCUCCAGAAUCGGGUUUGUCCAUAUUGUAAAAACCAAGUGGAAGCUCUUGCUUACAUUAUACUCGACUGUCCGAGAUACGUGGGUAUUAAGAACUUCUCUCCUUGGCUGGCCCUAGACAAAUCUGAAAGAGACUCAGACAGUUCUG